UAUUAGACGUAUUAGACAGUUUCUCAAGUGUUCAGCGGCGCGAUUACGAUGAACGCAUCCAUUUGUUUAAUGGGAGGGGUUGUGUAACCGUAUGAAAAGGCAGAACACUUUCUUUCUACAUAAAUAUUUUUAGUUGUUCAGAGUUUCGCUUUGACUCUUUUCUACCCAGUGCCCUGUAAAGAUUCCACGGACAGAGAGAUCGGUGAAAUGGCGAGCAAGAAGGCAGUUUUGUUCAAUCUGUGGGGUGUCGUGGUUUCUCCCAGACCCGCAGAAACUUUCCUCAAAUUCGAAGAGACCCACAAACUCCCCAGUGGUUUUCUGGCGAAGCUGGUGACAAAUGAGGACAGCGCCAUGCAACGUGCAGAGAGGGGCAAACUCUCCCUCUCUCAGAUAAUCCCAGAGCUUGAUGCAGAGUGUGUGAGUGCAGCAUCAGAUCAGAAGGUCAGUCUUCCUGCUGGGUUCUCUGUUAAGAGCCUGUUGGAGGAACUCAGAGACUCAACCACCGUCAACAAACACAUUCUGCAGACCGUAGCUACGCUCCGCACACAAGGGUUAUUGACAGGUGUGUUGGCCAACCAGUGGGUGGAUGACAGUGGGUGUGGAGAUAGCUCUGGCCGUCUCCUCUCUCUGCUGGGCGGCCAUUUUGAUGUGGUGCUACAGUCCUGUCGUACCGGCCUCAGGGUCCCAGAGGCCGACCUGUUCAUCUCCGCUCUCAAACAGCUGGGAGUGCCUCCGAAACAGGCUCUGUGGUUGGCUGAUGAUGAGAAGGGGGUGGGAGCAGCAGAGGCAUUAGGGAUGACAGCUGUUUUGGUGAAGGACCUGCCUGAAGCUCUGAAACAAGUAGAGACCUUCACUGGAGUGCAGGCUGUAACAGGGGAAAGCUACCCAGCCUCUUGCAGCCCAGAAGAAGUUUCUCAUGGAUAUGUCACCGUCAAGCCCGAUGUAAAGUUGCACUAUGUGGAGAUGGGGACGGGGCCUCCGGUCAUGCUGUGUCAUGGCUUCCCUGAGAGCUGGUACUCCUGGAGAUACCAGAUCCCAGCUCUAGCAGAUGCAGGGUUUAGAGUGGUUUCUCUGGACAUGAAGGGCUAUGGACAGUCUACAGCACCACCAGAUAUAGAGGAGUUCUCACAGGAACAGAUCUGCCAGGAUCUUGUGACUUUCAUGGAUAAAAUGGGUAUUCCCCAGGUGACUCUGGUUGGUCAUGAUUGGGGUGGAUCUGUGGUCUGGAACAUGGCCCAGUGUCAUCCAGAGAGAGUCAGAGCGGUAGCUUCUCUGAACACCCCUCUGUUCCCUGUGGACCCCUCCAAGGAUCCUAUGAACUUCCUGAAGACUGUACCCAUCUUUAACUACCAACUCUACUUCCAGGACCCCGGUGUAGCUGAGACUGAGAUGGAGAAAGAUCUGGCAAGGACCUUCAAGAUCUUCUUCCGUGGCAGUGGAGAUGAGGAUAAUGUUCCUACUAUCAACACUUCGGGAGUUUGUGCCAGAGGUGGUCUGUUCGUAGGACUACCAGACGAGAUACCCAGGAGUUCUAUCCUCAGUGAGACUGCUCUGCAAUUCUACAUCACUCAGUUCAAAGACAAGGGAUUCAGAGGGCCGCUGAACUGGUACCGAAAUGUUGUGAGCAACUGGAAAUGGCUAUGCUCCCGACCCAGAGCUAAGCUCUUGAUGCCAGCUCUCAUGGUGACCGCGGGUAAAGAUCCUGUUCUGCUGCCUGUCUUCUCCAGGGGAAUGGAAAGCAUGAUCCCGAACCUCACCAGAGGACACAUUGAGGAGUGUGGACACUGGACCCAGAUGGAAAGGCCAUCUGAGCUGAACACCAUUCUGAUCUCAUGGCUGAAGGACACUCACAGCACCAUGGGGGUUGCCGUGACACCCAAGCUGUGAUCAGUUACCAUGACUGGCCACUCCUCUGAGCCUGGUUCCUCUCUAGGUUUCUUCCUUGGUUCUUGCAGGUUGACGUUUAUUGGGAUGAGUCUAGUCCUGGAGGCAGAACUGAGCCAUUUGCACGAGAUGGGCAAAGUCAAAAUUGGCUAUAUAAAAAUAUAUAUAUACUGAACAAAAAUAUAAAUGUGACAUCUAACAAUUUCAAAGAGUUAUAGUACAAAUAAGGAAAUCAGUCAAUUUAAAUACAUUUAUUAGGCCCUAAUGUAUGGAUUUCACAUGACUGGGCAGGGUCGUAUGCCCACCGACUUGGCAGCCAGGCCCACCCACUUGGCAGCCAGUCCCACC